GCCCCUCGCCCACCCGCACCGGGCUCUCCGCAGCCCGCGGGCGCGGCCAGGAGGCGGCGGCUGCCGCCCGCCCGCCCGCCCGCCGGGGGCUCCCCCGCUAUUCCGCGGCUCUCCGGGCCCCCCCGGCGACAUGUUAUGGCCGAGCCGGCGCAGAAGAAGGGCGGCGGCGGCGGCGGGCGCGGCGGGCGGCAGGAGGAUGAAGCGGCGGCGGCGGCGGCUGGGGGGGCGGCCGCCCCCCCCAGCUACGAGGACUACGAGUGCAAGAUCUGCUACAACUACUUCGACCUGGAGCGGCGGGCGCCCAAGCUGCUGGAGUGCCUGCACACCUUCUGCCAGGAGUGCCUGAGCCAGCUGCACCUGCGGGCCGCCCAGCAGCCCCCGGCCGCCGCCGAGCAGGGACCGGCGGGGCGGGCGGGUGCCGGUGCCGGUGGCGGUGGCGGUGGCGGUGCCGGGGGCUCCCUCGCCUGCCCGCUGUGCCGCCACCGCACGGCGCUGCCCGAGCACCGCGUCCACGGCCUGCCCGUCAACACCAAGCUGGCCGCCGCCUGCCCGCCGCAGCUGCGGGCCCGCGACCCGCUGCCCCAGGACCGCCUGCCCCCGCUGCCGCCCCGCCGCCCGCACCGCGCCCGGGAGCCGGCGGCCGCCCCGGCCCCCGCCCCGGCCCCGCCGCCCGCCGCCCCCGGCCGGGCCGGGCCGCGCUCCUCGGGCGGCGUUGGCGGCUGCGAGAGCUGCCAGAGCUGCAAGCGGGCGGCGCUGAGCGCCGGCUGCGUGUGCGUCGUCGUCUCCUUCCUCGCCAUGGUGGUGCUGCUCUUCACCGGCCUCAUCUUCGUCAACCAGUACGGCUCCGAGCCCGCCGCCGCCGCCUCGGCCUCGCCGUCGCCCGUGGGCCCCAUCUGCCUGUCGGUCGCCAGCAUCCUGGCGCUCUUCUCCGUCGUCGUCACCUGGCUCAUCUGCUGGCUCAAGUACCGGCCCGAGGCGGCGGCCGCCAACGCCGCCGGGGCCGCGUCCGACGGCGCCCCGCGGGGCAGGGGGGCGGCCCGCAGGACCGACUCGUAGCCGCCCGGCUCCCGCGGGCCGGAGCGCCGCCGGCUGCCUGUUGCCCCCAGCUGGAAGAUGCUCGGCUGCAGGGCUGCUGCUGCCGCCGCCUGUCCCCGCACCGGGCUGCGAAGCGGCCGGGGGAGCCGGGCCAGGGGCGCUUGGGCUCGGCCAGGCUGAGCCCGGGCGCCCCGCGCACGGUCGCGUUCGGAUUUUAGUGGAAGGCCGCCGGGCCCUCUGUUGGUUGCUUAAAAUAAGCUUUAUUAUUUAAUUCCCUGAAGUCCUCAUGUAAUGUGGGAGGCUGAAGCGCUGCGUUGCACACUUUGAAACGGUUUACGGCAGACGGUUUAAGUAAGGGAGCUGUAACGCGGAGCUGGGAGGCUCCUGUGGCAGAGAACCACGUUUCCCUUAUCCACUGGCCCCUUGAUUUCGGUUUGAUACAGCGAGAGAAACCCACAUUAAAACACGGACGUUCGGCGUCGCUCUAAAGGUGGGAUGCAGCAGCGUAAGGCAUUACCUUCCAGCCCUUACCUUCCGCCAAGGUGGCUGUCACGGGGCCGUGUUUUUUCCCCUCGUGGAAAGUUUCUCUUCUGUAUUACGAGUUGCUGUGAAGGCCAGUAGAAAAUGCUCUUGCUUUGUGCGGUUGGCACGCCAGAGAUGUAUGGGAAGCGCGGGGAGACGCUCGCACUAUGAAAUGAAAAAUAUUGCCAUACAACUGAUUUUGUAGUAUAUUAAGGAGAGCACUCUAUAUAGGUACUAUUCUGUGUUGCAGGAUAAUUCAUUUGGUGCCUGAAUUUUUUUAACUUAAUUAGUUGUUAUAAUCUAUUACGUGGGGAAUAAGAUGCUGCUGCUUAUUCCACAUUUCUACACAGUACUGUAUUGGAAUGAGGUAAUUAUUUUCGUGCUUAACAAUUCAAGAAUUUCAAAAGUGAUCUUUUAGUAUGUGUAUUUUGCAAGCUGUCUGCAUGAAUUCUGACAAGUAUCCUCUCAAUAGACCUUUACUUGACCACUUCUAUUUAUCACAAGUGCAAAGGAAUUUACUCUGUAGACAUGUAAAGACAGCAAGUGAAGAUGUGUGAUGUGUUUUAUGACUGCACAAGUGAUGUGUGCUGUGCAUAGUCUUACUUAUCACAAGUCUGUGGACCCCUCUCCCCCUCAAAAAAAAAAAAAAGAAAAAGCGGUAUUUAUACAGCCUUUGCUAUGAUGGACAUAGUUUGUGGAAAUAGUAUAUGAUUUUUGUGUCACGUUUAUUUACCAGAUCCACACCAGCCUUUUAAAGUUAUAUUUAAUAAUAAAAAGGCCCUGAGGAGAUAAAUCACUGGGAUCAAUUCUGGCUCUGACCGUGGGUUGUGUAUUUAGACCGGUGUUUUCAGACUUGGAGGUGUCUGGUGGCUGUGUAGAAGGUACGCCUCCUAAAAUCAGGCCUGACUAUUAGCCCCUGUUGACUUCAGCAGUAGUUGUGGAUGUUCUGCACCAAAGAAAACCACGAGACUUUUAUUUAAGCAUCUAAAUGAGAAUUUAGAUGGUUGACUUCAGGUACAAGCAUUUGAAAAUUUUGGCCUUAACCUCUCUGUUUUCAGUUAAUGCAUCUGUAAAGUUUGAUAAUAGCGUUGACCUACCUCACAGGCAAGAUGUGAGGCUUUAUUUAUUAAAGUUUUUACGCAAUUGGAGAACCUUGACGAGGAGGUGCUAUAGAAGUGAAAGUAUUAUUAUAAAUGAUACUGUAGUAAGAAUAAAUAUAUGUAAAUCAAUGGACAUAAACAGCGGCGAUGUUUUCUAAGAAAAAUAAAUCUCUCGAAUAUGUACGUGUGUACAUCAUAUGCACCAAGUUACGAUUUGCCUGCUCGUGCUUCUGCAAACGCAGCGUGUGUGCCGGCCUCUGUGCGCAGUCAGGUGAGCCCACGUCCAGCAGCUCAGGCUGGCCUGCUCUAACUCCAUCUCCUGUAAACACGCUGCAGCUGCCUGGCAGGGCUCGGGGAGCUCAGCUGGAGCUCGUUCCUGCUCUGCCUGACUCCUGGGGGCUCUCCGGGUGCGAUGGACGUGCUGCCAGGGGUGUCCGAGCGGGCUCACGCCGACCCGGCCGUGUUUACAGGAGCUGCAGUCACAACAGGAGCUGUUACGUAGCUGGGCCCUUAAAUACUGCUUACAUAUUUGCCAUUUUGUCUAAACCAAUGGUUUCAGCUGGGAUCCGUGGACUACUUCUAAAAGAUCUGCAAAAGGUAAGUAAGAAAAGCAAAUCAAUCACCAGAACCUUAAAUUUCUUAUGCGAGGGUCAACUUUACAUUGUUUAGAGGUUUGCACAUUACAAAAAGUUGAAGAUCACAGGCCUAAACAGGAUUUUCAGGCUUAUUUACAAUUGAACAGUCAUAUUACGUAUCAGGUUCCUACCCAUACAUUUCAAAAUAUUUCAGAGCCAAAUUAAAAUGGACAGUCUGACCACAUGCCAAAUCCUUCUCUGUACUUAUGCAAAUUUUGGGAAACUCCACUGGUUUCAGGAGCGUUUGUCUGGAUCCACAUCACAGUACCAGUCAGAAAAAAAAAUCAUGCAUUGUGUACAUCUCUCGAAUCCCAGUAUUAUGUUUGUAUUUUGAGUUCCUCUGAGUGUACAGAUCGCUUGUCCAAAGCCAAACUUUGCUCAAGUUUCAGUUUGAGAAAAAAAAAAAAAAAAAGUAAAAUACAGAAACGAGAAAAACCGUG